AUGCGUCUCCCAUGGUUGGCUUUGUGCCUGGCUGUCGCCACCGCGACCCCAAUCAAGUCUCACCAACUCCGCCUUCCUUUCGUUCCUUCACCCGACGACCUCGAAACCGGCGUCAAAUCACUUCUGUCCCUCGACUGGACCAUCAAAGAUGGCAGCCUUUAUGCCAACAACGACCAAGUCUACCCCCCAUCAAUAACAAUGCAACUCACCGCACCGCUCUACAAAGCAUCCCACCCAACCCAGAGUGAAAAGUCCGUGGAAUUAUCCUACACAAUCGACAGUCGUCCCCUCGCCGCAAAUAAAGUCGGCUCGGUAGCGGGCAUUGUUCGUGUUCGCGUGGAACUCCUCGAUCUACAUGGCAACCUUGUCUCCCCCGACGCUGCCGUCGUCGAUCUUGUCAAUUACCAAGAUGGUUCUCACCACAUUACGCGCAUCCGUGUAAAGCCUGCGCGCGGCGGUUUCCAGGCCGAUCACUUUGCGCAGAAGAGUCGGCCGUGGGUUGUCAAGUACUGGAAGACGCAUGUCGGGUCCUUCUUUGAGGCGAAGACUUCUGUUGCCAUUAGUGAGAAUGCGAAUGAUGCGCACUCGACUGAAUCGGAGGAUCACAGUGAGAUCAAGGAUGUCUCUGUCGACUCCGACUCCCACUCCAGCGUCAACUCCAAGGAGUCCAACUCGCCUUUCUCUAUUUCUUCUUUCUGGGCUGCGCCUACUUCCCCUCAUCGCUCUGGUCACCGUCGUCCGGGCCACCAUCACCGUCCAAAGAAUGCUUUCAUGCGCAUUGUCCGUCCAAUUAUCUGGCCUGCUGUUCUGGGGGCAGUCGCCGGUCUCGCGGCUUGCCUGUUCGGCUUCUUCGUCGGAUCGCUUCUCAUGUCUUUCUCUGCUCGUGUCGGGUGGAGGACCUCUCCUCGUUACUCGCAGGAUAUCUCUCUUGAAGAGGGUAGUCCUUCUGAAAAGUCGCCCAUGGUCCCUCGGAUCCAUCUGACCGUCCCCGAGUCAGAUGUAUGA